AUGGCGACCCCUCCCACGCCUGGCAAAAGAGCGGUCGAGCUCGUCACGGACAAGCUCGACAAGCCCGUCACUGACGACCGCGAGUACCGCGUGGUCCGCCUGCCCAACCAGCUCGAGGUUCUCCUGGCCAGCGAUGCCACGGUCGACAUGGCCAGCGCGGCCCUGGCCGUCGGGGUCGGCAGUUUCCGCGACGGGGGCAUCCCGGGGCUCGCCCACGCCGUCGAGCACCUGCUCUUCAUGGGCUCGGAAAAGUAUCCGGCGGACAACGACUUCAAAUCCUUCAUCGGGUCCCACGCGGGCGCUUCAAAUGCCAGCACCAGCCCCUGCGCCACCGUGUACCACUUCCAGGUCACCGCCGACGACACCAAAGCCAGCGGCGACUCUGAAUCACAACAGCCAGGACCCUCGCCCUUUUAUGGUGCUCUCGACCGCUUCAGCCAGUUCUUCACCUCGCCCCUUUUCCUCGCGUCCACUGUCGACCGCGAGAUCAACGCCGUCGACUCCGAGUUCAAGCUCAAGUACCAGAGCGACGACCGUCGGCUGUUCCAGCUUGGUCGGUCCCUCAGCAAUCCUCAGCAUCCCUAUAACGGCUUCUCCACAGGAAACCUCAAGACCCUCCGCGACGAGCCGGCAGAGCAGGGCAUCGAAAUGCGGAAGCGGUUUGUCGACUUCCACAGGACGCACUACUCGGCCAACCUCAUGAAGCUCUGCGUCCUCGGCAAGGAGUCGCUGGACACACUGCAGGAAUGGGUCGCGACCAUGUUCUCGGACAUUCCCAACAAGGACCUCCCACAGAACCGCUGGGAGGACGUGCCUCUGUGGUCGGACGAGCAGCUGCCGCGCAGAGUAUACACGCGGCCGAUCAUGGACUUCCGCCGACUGCGCGUGUCGUUUCCCUUCCUGGACGAGGAGUUGCUGUACGAGAACAGGCCCGGCGAGUACCUCUGCAAGAUUCUCGGUCACGAGGGUGAGGGCAGUUUACUGGCCUACUUGAAGGACAAGACGUGGGCGGCUUCCGUCUCCGCGAGCACAACGUCCAUCUGUCCCGGCACGUCUGGCGUGCUGGGCAUCGAGGUUGGCUUAACUGAAGCUGGCCUGGAGCACCACGAGGACGUCGCAAAGGCUGUGUUCCAGUACAUUUCCAUGCUGCAGGAGGACCCAUCCAAGCUCAAAGACUUUGUCGACGAGAGCCGGCACCUCGCAGACCUCGCCUUCUACUACCGGCAGAAGAGCGAGUCGCGGACCUUCACCAGCUCCACGUGUCGGCGGAUGCAGACCCAGGUGCCUCCAAAAUGGUACAUUGGCAUUGGGGAGCGGGCAAAGGCCUUUGACUUGGAGCUGAUGACGAAGGCGCUCGACUUGCUUCGACCGAGCAGGACCCAGAUCAUGCUCAUCUCGCAAAGGUACCCGGGAACUUGGGAGAGCAAGGAGAAGUGGUACGGCACAGAGUACACAACCGAGCCCUUGCCCGAGCAACUGCUGUCCGAGCUCAACGACAUUUACAACAACAAGACCCGACCCGCCGAGUUGCACUUACCAGCGAAGAACCCUUUCAUCCCCAAGAACCUCGAAAUCGACACUGAAGCCAGAGCAUACAAAACCCCGCGCCUGCUCAAAGACACCCCAUCUGUACGCUGCUGGCACAAGAAGGACGACACGUUCCUCGUCCCGAAGGCCAUCAUAACAGCAAGCCUGCACAACCCGGCCGUCUACGCGAGCGCCACCAACGAGGCCCACGCGAACCUCUUUGCCGAGCUCGUCACCGACACCCUCCAGACCUACGCGUACGCCGCCUCCCUCGCCGGCCUGCACUACUCGGUGUACACAGGCACUCGCGGGCUCAUGAUCCGCGUGUCGGGCUACAACGACAAGCUGCCCUUGCUGCUCUCCAGGGUCCUCGCCGUGGUGCUCCGCGACCUCGAGAUCCGCGGGGACAGGCUCGAGAUCUUCCGUGAGAGGUUCCUCCGCGCGUGCAGGAACAGCGAGCUGCGCAAGCCGUGCCUCCAGAUCCCCGCAUACGAGCCGUGGCUGCUGUCCGCCGACUUCCCUAGCGCCGCGCCGCACCGGCUGUAUCGUGAGCUUGUGCCGGCGCUGGAGAGUGUCACUGUGGACUCGAUGCGCGGGUUUCGCGAGCAGUGCCUGAAGCGGCUGUUUGUAGAGAUGUACUGCCAUGGUAAUGUCACGAGGCAGGAGGCAGAGAGGAUCACGGGGAUUGUGGAGGACAGCCUACGCGGGACUGCAGCGUCGACCUCACUGCCCAAGGCCGGUGCGCCGGUUAUAACAGACACGGACCAGGAAGUUAGCAAGGACAGCAACUCGGCGCUCCGACAACUCGAGGUCCUCAUACCCCGCGCCCUCGUCAUCCCACGCGGCGUAAACUUCCGCUAUGCAGAAACCAUCCGCGACCCGGGCGACGUCAACAACUGCAUCUCAUACCACAUACAGCUCGGCCCUCCUUCGCCCAACUCUCUCCUGCCCAACAACACAGUCUAUGCCUCGCCCUCACCCGGCGAGGGCGAGAGGCCAGAGACCACAGCCCUGCGCGGCCUCCGCGCCAGGCUCCAGCUCAUCUGCCACAUCCUGCGGCCGCGGGUGUUCCACCAGCUCCGCACGACCGAGCAGCUGGGCUACGUGGUGCGCACGCGCAUGUCUGCCUCCCCGGGGGCGAGGGGGAGCCGGGUGUCGGCGUUCGCGAUCGAGGUGCAGACCGAGAAGACGCCCGAGUAUCUCGAGGCCAGGAUCGAUGCGUUUCUGCAGACCGUGGCCGGUCCCGCGGUGGUGUCGACACCAUCAUCAUCACCAUCGGAACAGGCUCGGGACGGUCAAGAGACGGUUCUCGGCAAGAUGACGGACUCGGAGUUUGAGGCUGAGAAGAAGGGCGUCGUGGACAAGAUGCUGGAGAAGCCGAAGAAUAUGACGCAGGAGAACGACUUGUUUUGGGUGCGGAUCCGUGAUGAGGGGUAUGACUUUGAGCAAGCCCAGAAAGACGCACAGCACGUGCUGGCCGUUAGGAAACAGGACCUUAUGGAGUUUGUGCGCACGUAUAUUGCACCGGGCUCGUCUCAAAGGUCGACACUGGCGAUAUACCUCCGCUCGCACAAGGCUGCCGAGCAACCACUCGAUGCUGGGGACGCAGGAUCAGCAACCAACCAAGGCGCCACAACAGGUCGUAUCGACAUAAAAGACAUCCGCGACUUCAAGGCUAGCCUUGUCGCGGACGUUGGGCCCCGGCCUGUGCAGGGUCUUCAGACAUAUGCUUACCCGGACGAGGCAUAA